UUCCUAUUCUUCUAUAUAUAGUUAGCUUUACUACAUAUAUUGUGCUUGACAUAUAUAAUUUUCAUUCAUGGAGAGUAUUCUUUUCCAUUUGGUUGCACUGUUGUUGGUUCAGUUCAUGGUGAUUAGUACUGCUAAGGUUGUGACUAACAUCACCACUGAUCAAUAUGCUCUUCUUGAUUUCAAAGCCCAUAUAACUUCUGACAUCCUAGCACAAUAUUGGUCGAGCUCCACUCCCAUGUGUCAAUGGGUUGGCAUCUCUUGCAGUGCACGCCAUGGAAGGGUCACCGCCUUGAAUCUUUCAAACAUGACACUCCAAGGAACGAUCUCUCCACACCUUGGAAAUCUCUCCUUCCUAAUCUCUCUAAACAUCUCAAUCAACAAUUUCCAUGGCCCUCUACCAAAGGAGUUGGGAAAGCUGCCCCGACUUAAGCGAAUUAUUGUUAAUAAUAAUAGCUUCUCUGGGAUCAUCCAUCAUUCCCUGUUCAACAUGUCAAAGCUGGAGAUCAUGGAUUUAAGCUACAACCUUAUUGAAGGGGGUAUCCCAUUUGAGAGAGGCCAACUUCCCAGCUUGAAAGUACUAUCUGUGGAAGGCAACAAGCUUUCAGGAUCUUUACCAGAUGAUAUGUAUAAAAGUCUUCCAAGACUAGAGAAGUUCUCAUUUGCAAAUAACACGUUUGUUGGAUCCAUACCAAGCAGCAUCGGGAACCUGACUAAGCUCAAGGAGUUAUAUCUAAGUUUCAACUAUUUAAGAGGUGACAUUCUGCAAGAAUUGGGUAAUCUUAUUGAAUUGGAGAUAGUUGACAUGAGGAAUAUGGGAGUCGGAGGUCCAAUUCCAUUUUUUAUCUUCAACACCUCUUCUCUGAGAAAGACCAAUCUGUUUAGAAAUCACUUAGUUGGGAGUCUUCCAGUGGAUAUAUGCCACCAUAUUCCUCUCCUUCAGUCGCUUUAUCUUGGUGACAACAAGCUUACAGGAGGAAUACCCAAAAGUAUUGAAAAUUGUACUCUACUUGAGAAGUUACGAGUUGAUCAUAAUUACUUGAAAGAGUAUGGAUCGGAGGGAAUUAUUUCUACUAGAUGCGAUGUCUAUGCUUUUGGUAUCCUACUGAUGGAGAUCUUCACGAGAAUGAAGCCUACUGAUGAAAUGUUUGUUGGGGAAUUGAAUUUGAAAAGUUGGGUGAAAGAGUCACUAGUACAUGCAUUAACUAAAGUUGUUGAUUCCAAUUUGCUGAAGAGAGAGGACAAACAUUUUGUUGCUAAAUUGAAUUGUCUGUCAUCUGUUAUGGAAUUGGCUUUGGCUUGCAUAGAAGAUUCACCAGAAGAUCGGAUAAUCGUGAGUGAUGCUUUGGUUAUGCUCAAAAAGAUCAAGAACAAAAUGUUGAAGGAUAUUGGAGCAAAGUGUAACACAAGAUCUAGAAUGAGGAGGCAGUCAUAGCUGCAAUGGGCAUUGGGUGGACAUAGACUCUUAAAUUAAUAAGUCAUAGCUUCUGAGAAAUGGGCUCCCCUUCAAUUAGGGUAGAGAUGUUCUUUUCAGGAGUUGUUUCUUUGGCCAGUAGUGCUAAUGUUAUGUAAAGUGAAAUUUACUGUGACUUUUUUUUUUUGUUUUUGUUAUGUUCAUGGCAUGUUUGAUUAAAUGCCUCAAUGAACUCCGUCAACUCCGAAAUUGGUUGUGUUGGAGUACAAUAUGUAGAAUGUUUAAACUAUGGCAUCAAGUUUCUUCUA